AUGUCAUACAACAUUCUGCUAUACCAAAUUCUCUAUAUCUAUCAAAAUAUUUUCCCUACCUACGUACAUAUAUACAUACAUACUUACCAAUCUAUCUAUCUAUCUAUCUAUCUAUCUAUCUAUCUAUCUAUCUAUCUAUCUCCUGUUAGUAACUAUCUGUCUAUCUCAGACUGUCCUCAGAUUCAUAUCUAUCUAUCUAUCUAUCUAUCUAGCGCCUAUAUUUCAUCUAGUGUAUUCCCUUGUGUCCUUGUUUAUAACUUAUAUGUCUAUAUCAAACUGUUAAUAUCUAUCUAUCUAGAAUUCUAUAUGGCCUAUCUAUCUAUCUAUCUAUCUAUCUAUCUAUCUAUCUAUCUAUUCUUAGUCUUUCUUUCUUUCUUUCUUUCGAUCUAUCUAUCUAUCUAUCUAUCUAUCUAUCUAUCUAUUCUAAGUUUCUUUCUUAAUUUCUAUCUAUCUAAGUUUCUUUCUUUCUUAAUGUCUAUCUCUCUAUAUCUAUCCAUUCUUAGUCUUUCUUUCUUUGUUUCUCUCUCUCUCUCUCUCUCUCUCUAUCUAUCUAUCUAUCUAUCUAUCUAUUCUAAGUUUCUUUCUUUCUUAAUUUCUAUCUAUCUGAGUUUCUUUCUUUCUUAA